AUGGAACCAGGUCCUGGGGGUAUGGAGGAGCCAGGUCCUGGGGGUAUGGAGGAGCCAGGUCCUGGGGGAAUGGAGGGGCCAGGUCCUGGGGGUAUGGAGGAGCCAGGUCCUGGGGGUAUGGAGGAGCCAGGUCCUGGGGGAAUGGAGGGGCCAGGUCCUGGGAAAAUGGAGGAGCCAGGUCCUGGGGAAAUGGAGGAGCCAGGUCCUGGGGGUAUGGAUGAGCCAGGUCCUGGGGGAAUGGAGGGGCCAGGUCCUGGGGAAAUGGAGGAGCCAGGUCCUGGGGUUAUGGAGGGGCCAGGUCCUGGGGGUAUGGAGGAACCAGGUCCUGGGGGUAUGGAGGAGCCAGGUCCUGGGGGUAUGGAGGGGCCAGGUCCUGGGGUUAUGGAGGAGCCAGGUCCUGGGGGUAUGGAGGGGCCAGGGGGUAUGGAGGGGCCAGGUCCUGGGGGAAUGGAGGAGCCAGGUCCUGGGGUUAUGGAGGAGCCAGGUCCUGGGGAAAUGGAGGAGCCAGGUCCUGGGGGUAUGGAGGAACCAGGUCCUGGGGGUAUGGAGGGGCCAGGUCCUGGGGGUAUGGAGGGGCCAGGUCCUGGGGUUAUGGAGGGGCCAGGUCCUGGGGGUAUGGAGGAGCCAGGUCCUGGGGGUAUGGAGGGGCCAGGUCCUGGGGUUAUGGAGGAGCCAGGUCCUGGGGGUAUGGAGGGGCCAGGGGGUAUGGAGGGGCCAGGUCCUGGGGGAAUGGAGGAGCCAGGUCCUGGGGGUAUGGAGGGGCCAGGUCCUGGGGGUAUGGAGGAACCAGGUCCUGGGGAAAUGGAGGAGCCAGGUCCUGGGGGUAUGGAGGGGCCAGGUCCUGGGGGUAUGGAGGAACCAGGUCCUGGGGGUAUGGAGGAACCAGGUCCUGGGGGUAUGGAGGGGCCAGGUCCUGGGGGUAUGGAGGAGCCAGGUCCUGGGGGUAUGGAGGGGCCAGGUCCUGGGGAUAUAGAGGAGCCAGGUCCUAGAGGUAUGGAGGAACCAGAUCCAGGGGGUAUGGAGGAACCAGAUCCAGGGGGUAUGGAGGAACCAGAUCCAGGGGGUAUGGAGGAGCCAGGUCCUGGGGGUAUGGAGGGGCCAGGUCCUGGGGGAAUGGAGGGGCCAGGUCCUGGGGAUAUGGAGGAGCCAGGUCCUGGGGGUAUGGAGGGACCAGGGGGUAUGGAGGAGCCAGGUCCUGGGGGUAUGGAGGGGCCAGGUCCUGGGGGAAUGGAGGGGCCAGGUCCUGGGGAUAUGGAGGAGCCAGGUCCUGGGGGUAUGGAGGGACCAGGGGGUAUGGAGGAGCCAGGUCCUGGGGGUAUGGAGGAACCAGGUCCUGGGGGCAUGGAGGGGCCAGGUCCUGGGGAAAUGGAGGGAACAGAUCCAGGGGGUAUGGAGGGGCCAGGUCCUGGGGGUAUGGAGGAACCAGGUCCUGGGGGUAUGGAGGGGCCAGGUCGGGUAUGGAGGGGCCAGGUCCUGGGGGGUAUGGAGGGGCCAGGCCUGGGGUAUGGAGGGGCCAGGUCCUGGGGGAAUGGAGGAGCCAGGUCCUGGGGGAAAUGGAGGAGCCAGGUCCUGGGGGUAUGGAGGAACCAGGUCCUGGGGGUAUGGAGGAGCCAGGUCCUGGGGGUAUGGAGGGGCCAGGCUGGGGGUAUGGAGGGGCCAGGUCCUGGGGGAAUGGAGGGGCCAGGUCCUGGGGAUAUGGAGGAGCCAGGUCCUGGGGGUAUGGAGGGACCAGCGGGGUAUGGAGGAGCCAGGUCCUGGGGGUAUGGAGGAACCAGGUCCUGGGGGCAUGGAGGAGCCAGGUCCUGGGGGAAUGGAGGGAACAGAUCCAGGGGGUAUGGAGGGGCCAGGUCCUGGGGGUAUGGAGGAACCAGGUCCUGGGGGUAUGGAGGGGCCAGGGGGUAUGGAGGGGCCAGGUCCUGGGGGUAUGGAGGGGCCAGGGGUAUGGAGGGGCCAGGUCCUGGGGGAAUGGAGGAGCCAGGUCCUGGGGAAAUGGAGGAGCCAGGUCCUGGGGGUAUGGAGGAACCAGGUCCUGGGGGUAUGGAGGAGCCAGGUCCUGGGGGUAUGGAGGGGCCAGGGGGUAUGGAGGGGCCAGGUCCUGGGGGUAUGGAGGAGCCAGGUCCUGGGGGUAUGGAGGGGCCAGGGGGUAUGGAGGAACCAGGUCCUGGGGGUAUGGAGGAGCCAGGUCCUGGGGGUAUGGAGGAACCAGGUCCUGGGGUGGUUGUUUCCAAGGUGUCGGAGGUGGACCUGCGUUAG